AUUAGUGCGUAGACUACCGCGUGUACGAUUUACGAUACGAACAUUGUGUCUCCGAAUACAGGUACCCUAUGUUUUUUAUUAUAGUUUUAUGUAUGGGCUAAUAAUACACAUGCUAAACGUGAUAUAUACGUAUAUGUUAGAUAAAAAUGUAUCAGAUAUGGUAUGUCCUAAUACAAAUAUACAAGUAUUUAUGCCAAGGUGACCAACCAUAACGGACCAGCUACUACUAUUUCUACCCCCUGCUGACUUACGUUUUUGUAUACUCAGAAACAAGACGUUCCCAUGUAAUUGUAAUAUAAUAAUGUAUUGUGAGAAGUCAAUGGACAAGGGCAGCUGCUCUGUUUAUUAUAAAGCAGAGAUAAAGGACAGGGCACGUGGGAUGGUCGCGGACUCGAUUCAUCAGACCGCGAUGUGCGGAUGUAAAAUUAGCAUAAUUCCAGGAAGGGUUAGAGGUCGGUUAAAUAUCGGAAGUUUGUUGGAUAUAAAAGGGAACCACUUCAAUGUGGUGGUUUCAGUGACUGUUUACAAACUAACAGCGCGGUAAGCGAGGCCACAUCAUAAAAAUCAAUAAUCUAUUUAGGAGCAGGUCUGUGAUCGGUAGACAGCAUACGCGGUUACGAGAACGACCAUCAAAACGCAGACAAAGUUGAGUACACCAGUCCUGAUCAAUAAGAGUUUACACCUGGAGUAAACAUGGAGAAGAAAGCAGGCAAUUAUCCAGAGGUAAUUGACAUGGAAGAUGAAGAUGUUGCAAACUUCAGCAGCCAGCAGAAGAUGUUGGAAAGUAAUGACAAUGUUUUUGAUGAGAUCGUUGAAGAGGAUGACGAUAACCGUGGCAACUGGACUGGAAGAUUUGACUUUUUAUUAUCUCUGUUAGGAUAUUCUGUUGGACUGGGCAAUGUGUGGAGAUUUCCUUACCUUGUCUAUAGCAAUGGUGGAGGAGCAUUUGUGCUGCCCUUUAUUAUAAUGUUACUGUUGGUUGGUUUCCCCCUGAUGUUUAUGGAACUGGCCUUUGGUCAGUAUGCCAGCCUAGGGCCCAUUGCCAUCUUUGAAAGAUUCUGUCCACUUUUCCAUGGCCUUGGUGUUGGCAUGGUGAUUGUGUCAGCCAUUGUCUCCCUGUACUACAACAUGAUCAUAGCUUGGACAAUAUUCUAUAUGGUGGCAUCAUGCACAGAUUAUUUGCCUUGGGAGACUUGUGAUCCCAAAUGGAGCUCUAAUGACUGCUAUUCAUACAAAGAUGCUGAAUUCUGCCAGGCAACCAAUGGGAGCCUGUUUUACAAUCGAACAUGUUUCAAUAGUUCAUUAGUGGAAGACUUUGGAAUAAAAGAUUUGGUAGUGAAUAUGACUAAGAAGCCUCCUGCAGAGGAAUAUUUCAAGAAUUAUGUUCUCGGCCAGACAGCUGGCAUUGGUGAUCUUGGAGGACUGAAGUGGGAACUUGCUUUGUGUUUGUUGGCAGCCUGGCUCAUUGUAUUUGUAUGUCUUAGUAAAGGGGUGCAGUCAUCAGGCAAGGUUGUCUACUUCACAGCUCUGUUCCCUUAUGUUGUUCUGAUCAUCCUGUUCUUCCGCGGCGUCACUCUGCCAGGUGCUGUGGAUGGAAUCAUUUGGUACCUAAAACCAGACUUCUCCCAGCUUGGAACAGCCAAAGUGUGGGUGGAUGCAGCUGUCCAGAUAUUUUUUGCCCUCAGUCCAGCCUGGGGUGGACUCAUCACGUUGUCCAGCUACAACAAAUUUAGCAAUAAUUGCUUCAAAGAUGCCCUGAUAGUGUCCAUAAGUAAUGUGUUGACAAGCUUGUUUGCUGGUUUUGUGAUCUUCUCCAUCAUUGGGUUCCUUGCCCAUGAGCUAAGCCAACCAGUGGAUAAGGUGGUAGAUGAAGGAGCAGGUCUUGCAUUUAUUGUGUACCCAGAGGUAGUGACCCGCCUUCCCAUCUCACCAUUUUGGUCUUUUCUGUUUUUCUUCAUGAUGUUGACACUGGGGCUUGAUAGUCAGUUUGCUUUGCUGGAAACUGUGACUACUGCCUUCCUUGACCGCUUCCCACAGUUCCGUGAGAGAAAGGUGUUCGUGGUUCUGGGAAUGAGUGUUCUUGGUUAUCUUGGUGGACUUAUCAUUUGCACUAAAGGUGGUAUCUACAUUUUAUCUCUGAUGGAUGCCUAUGCUGCCAGUUGGUCUGUUUUCCUCAUAGCCAUGACAGAGUGCAUUCUCAUUGGAUGGGUUUAUGGAGCUGAUAGGUUCCUGAGGAACAUUGAAGAAAUGAUUGGUGAACAGGGCCGUGUAUUUAAAUAUUUCUUCUCCAUUUUCUGGAAAAUCCUUAGCCCUGCAACUCUUCUGUUUUUGUUGAUUUUCAACUGGGUGCAGUACAAACCUCUGACAUCAGGCAGUUUUGUGUACCCCAUGUGGGCUAAUGUGAUAGGAUGGCUAAUGGCCUUGGCACCUAUUAUUGCAGUAUUGGUAUUAGCUGCCAUAAAGUUAUAUCAGGCUCCAGCUGAAAAAUCUUUUCUAGAGAAAUUUGUCCAUCUUCUUCAACCCUCUGCUGAUUGGGGUCCAGCUCGAGUUGCAGAGAGCCAGGACAGUGUUGCCUCAGCAGUAAUCUACAGACCAAAGCUGCCCUCUACAGAAGGAACAAAAAUAGUCAGCCGGCAGAACAGCACCAGUAGCACCUACAACACAUUACCUCAGAUGGAGUAGAUCAUUACAUAUGUGGUGCAUUGCCAAUAGAUAUCAAACAACUUUACUCUAUAUAAAAUAGGAUUGGAAUGUGGCACAUUCCUCUUAUAUCUUAUCCCUUGGUCCAACAGGGAAUGAGAAAUAAAUUAUUAUUAUUGGAGAUAGUGGCAGCAUAGUAAAAUCACAAUAUGUUUCAAAAGAAAAAUACAUAGGAAUUAGGUUUUUAAGAUAUUUGAUCUUUAAAAAAGUGACAUAAAAUGAGAAAAAUCAUUCACAAAAAAGUGAUUUUGCUACAAAAUGCACUGUGAUCAAAAUGUUCAUUGAUGAUUUAAUGUAACUAUUCAGCUACAUUUUUGAAGCAUUCAGUUCACUCUGUCAGAGACGCAUAAACAUAACCUAUCUAUCGGGAUUGGUGCUAUGGCUACAAGAACAAAAAUAGAGGGGCAAUUUCAUGACUUUUUUGAAACUAUAAAAGUACUGUAUAAAAUGUUAUGCUCACAGUAUUUUGAGUCACAUUUUAACACGUGUCUAUAAUUUAUGGUGGCACUGAUUGCCAGAUUUAGAUGGAUCAGUACAUUUCUUAUAAGUUUUAUUAUUAGACCUCAGGUAGCAUUUUAUUGUAAUGAUGCCUGAAAUAUUUGUAUAAUAUUAAUAUUUAUUGUUGCUGACAUCAUGUGAGUCAAAAUAUUUUUUCCUACAUUAAUUAGCAUUGAUUUUAAAAAGUUCAUUGUAAGUGGUGCACAAUAAUUUAUAUAGCUUGAUCAUUCCAGAGAACUUGUUUACAAAAAUCACAUAAUUCAGGUCAAACUGUUAUUUAAAACUGUUGAUUAAUUAUUUUUGAAGUAUUUAUUGAUGAGAGUUAUCAGUCAGACCAUUUUUUCUUUGUUUUUAUUUUUCAUUGCAUUUUUUUUUUGCACUAUGCACAAUUUUACAAAUGAUGGAUGACAGAUCUGAGGCAAUUGAAUGAGUGCCAAGAAAGUAUGUGACAUUAUCUCUACAACAUCAAAUAUUUUACCUGUAAAUAUAAAAAUGUUUACAACUCCAAUGUAUAUGAAAUACUGAUAACUACACUGUAUAUAACAAUGCACAACAUCUUAUAUAUGUAAGGUAUACACCAGUGUUCUGUCCCACUGUCAUGUUGCUAAACAUUAUUUAUAGUUGAAUUUAUCAUGUUCAACAAUAUUGACAAUAUUAACUACUGGUACAACAUUUCCAUAUUAAUUCUAUUUAUUCAUAGUAAACAGGAGUUUGAUUUUUAGGAAAUGUUUUGUAAUAUGUUUACUAUAUUUAAUAUGAUAUCUAUAGUUAAUGUAUUUGUUUGCUGUCUCAUCUUUCCAUUUAACAGUUAUUUGGUGAAGGAAAAUUCCUAUUGAAUUUCAACCUUCUACAGUAAUUUGCUGUUCUUUUAGGGGUAUCUUAUUUGUUUUUCUUUUAUUUAAUAUGGAAUGUAAAUAAUCAAUGCCUUUUAAAAGUAUUGAUAUCUUUGAUUUUAAAAAUAUAAAUGAUUGUGUAAAACUGACUGACUUUACUUUGUAAAGCUGCUUUUCGUUAGUUUUCUUUCAAUGUGAGUUUCAUGGAGUUAAUAUUAACAGUGGUAAAAAUAUGCUAAUAAGUAAAAUAAUAAGACAUGGGCCAAUGUAGGCCUACCCAGUACACUUGUUAUGGAAAUAAAACUUUAAAAUAUA